CCGGCGGCAGCCCCGCCGCGCCCCGACCGUCCUAUGCGAGCCGCCCCGGCGCCAAGAUGAAAGACGACUUUGCAGAGGAGGAGGAGGUGCAGUCCUUCGGCUACAAGAGGUUUGGUAUUCAGGAGGGGAGCCAAUGUACCAAGUGUAAAAAUAACUGGGCACUGAAGUUCUCCAUCAUCUUAUUAUACAUUUUAUGUGCCCUGUUAACAAUCACAGUAGCCAUUCUGGGAUACAAAGUUGUAGAAAAAAUGGACAAUGUGACAGGUGGCCUGGAAACAUCCCACAGAAGAUACACAGAAAAGCUCACAGAAGUGGAGAGUGAUCUGAAGAAAUUAGAUGACCAAGCUGGACAAAAAGCCUUGAAUACUAACACUGAACUGUCCAGCUUCAGAUCUGACAUUCUGGCUCUUCGUCAGCAACUUCAUGACAUUGCAGAGAAAACUAACAGAAACAAAGACACACUGGAGAAGCUGCAAGAGUCUGGAAAUUUAUUAGAUGAUAGGCAGAACCAAAUGAAAAGUGCCUUAGAUAGUAACACUUUCACGAUCAUCAGUGUCAAUAAGACUCUUCAGGCAUAUACUGGCUAUAUCAACAAUCUCCAACAAGACACAAGUAAUAUACAAGCAAACCUGCAAAGCCAAGAGCAUUCUCACAAUGUGGUCAUCAUGAGCCUUAACAACUUAAAUCUGACUCAAAUACAGCAAAGAAAUCUUAUCAGUGUCUUACAGAAGUCGAUGGAAGAUACAAGCUCGGCUGUUCUAAGAAUCAAGAAUGACUUUCAAAAUCUGCAGCAGGUUGUCCUUCAGGCCCGGAAGGACACUGACUGGCUUAAGGAGAAAGUACACAAUUUACAGGCCUUGGCUGCCAACAACUCAGCAAUGGCAAAAGCCAACAAUGAUACACUUGAAGACAUGAACAGUCAGCUCAGCUCUUUCAGUGGGCAGAUGGAGAACAUCACCACAAUUGCCCAAGCCAAUGAACAAAGUCUAAAGGAUCUCCAGGAACAGCAUAAAGGAGAUGAAAACAGAACUGCUGCCAAAUUCACCAAUCUAGAAGAAAGGUUCCAGGUCUUUGAAACUGAUAUAGUCAAUAUCAUCAGCAACAUCAGCUACACUGCUCAUCACCUACGGACACUGACAAGCAAUCUCAAUGAGGUCAGGACAACUUGUACAGACACCUUAAGUAAACACUCGGAUGAGUUGAUUUUUAUGAACAGCACACUAGCCAAUAUUCGCAUAGACUCUGCAUCUCUCAAGGUGCAACAGGAUUUGAUGAGGUCAAGGUUAGAUGUUGAAGUUGCCAAUUUGUCAGUGAUCAUGGAAGAAAUGAAGCUGGUGGAUUCCAAACAUGGCCAGCUCAUCAAGAACUUCACUAUCCUACAAGGCCCUCCUGGUCCAAGGGGACCUAAAGGUGACAGAGGCCCUCAAGGUCCUCUUGGCCCCGCUGGCCUAAAAGGACAAAAAGGAGAGAAAGGAGAGCCUGGACCACCUGGACCUGCAGGUGAGAAGGGCCCACCUGGGCCAGCUGGGCCACCAGGAGAAAAAGGAGGGAAAGGUUCAAGAGGAUCGCCUGGUUCCAAAGGUCAGAGAGGUUCUCCUGGCAAGACUGGUCUGCCUGGACCAAAUGGAGACCCAGGGCCACCAGGGCCACCAGGCAAGGACGGUCCACCAGGGCCUCAAGGCCCACCUGGAUUUCAAGGCCUGCAAGGAACAGUGGGAAGCCCAGGGUUACCAGGACCACGAGGAAUAACUGGGCUCCCUGGGGUCCCUGGGCUGCCUGGUCCAAAAGGCCCACCUGGCCCACCGGGGCCGCCAGGCCCAGGGAUGCCAAUGGCGCUACAGAGUCAGCCUACGCCCGUGCCCGAGGCUAAUGGUUGUUUCCCCCGUUGGAAGAACUAUACAGAAAAGUGCUACUACUUUUCAACUGAAAGAGAAAUUUUUGAAGAUGCAAAGUUAUUCUGUGAAGAGAAAGAAUCACGCUUGGUUAUCAUCAACGACAAAGAGGAGCAGCAAUGGAUAAAAAGGCAGAUUAUUGGGAAAGGCAGCUUCUGGAUUGGACUAACAGAUACAGAGAAGGAAAAUGAAUGGAGAUGGUUGGAUGGAUCCUUACCAGUUUACACGAACUGGAAACCUGGGCAGCCUGAUAACUGGGAUCACGAUCACGGGCCAGGGGAAGAUUGUGCUGGGUUGAUCUAUGCUGGGCUCUGGAAUGACUUCUACUGUGAAGAUGUUAACAAUUUCAUUUGUGAAAAAGACAUGGACAAAGGGCAACUUCUUGGAGUGUAAUAGGCUGUAACUUUACAGAUACCUUCGUAUUAAGGAAAUUUAUGUAAAGAAGAAGAAAAUCCUGGGAAAGAGCAACACUGACUUCCAAAAUUGAAAAAAAAUAUGAAAACAGAAAAAAGCAAGCACUGAAAACUGAUUUAAAAGCAUCAAGGAAUUCAGCAAUAACUCUUCUACAGCAUCCUGUAAUUAUUUAAGGCCUUUCGACCCUCAGCAUCAGGAAAUACUGUUGGACUAAUUCUGUUUUAGAUUUUCUUCCCAACCAGUAACCACAUCCAUAAGCAGCUUGUGUCUUCUGAGAAAAGACAUUCUAUCAAUCUGAGUAAGACUGUUGGUCACUUAUAUCGAAAAACAUAUAAUGCAGCUGUGUAAACAGUUGCUUAAUUUGCUAAAAUCCCAAAUGUAGGAAAAUUAUACAGAUACACGAAUAUAUAGAUUUUAUAUAAAUAUAUAUAUAUAGUCCAACUCUUAUCAGUAAUAUGGAAUAUACUUUUAAGAGCUUUUAAAACUUUGUAUUUUUGUACAAAAUAUUUGCUUUUUACAAUUGUUCUCUUUUUUACUGACUUUUUUUACAAAUAUAGUGCACAGGGGCCAAAGAAAACAAUAAAGGUACUAAUAAUUCAUUAAGGUUUGCUGUCAGGCCUAGCUCAGCUAUAGAGAAAUAUUUUUCCAGUUAGAAAUAUUUUUACUUUCCCAGAUGAUUUGUUCUGGUUAAAUAACUUUUAAAGCAGAUUUUAGAUAGUGUUUUCCUUACUGUAUGCAGUCUAGUCUGCAUGUGUAACAAUUAAGUUGACUAAGGACUAGAUACUCAUUAUAGCUCUGAUCACAGCCAGUGUUUCAUUGGGGUACUAUGGAAAGACCAUUUUAAUAAAAGACCUUCCUUCCUUCCUUCCUUCCUUCCUUCCUUCCUUCCUUCCUUCCUUCCUUCCUUCCUUCCUUCCUUCCUUCCUUCCUUCCUUCCUUCCUUCCUUCCUUCCUUCCUUCCUUCCUUCCUUCCUUCCUUCCUUCCUUCCUUCCUUCCUUCCUUCCUUCCUUCCUUCCUUCCUUCCUUCCUUCCUCCCUUCCUCCCUUCCUCCCUUCCUCCCUUCCUCCCUUCCUCCCUUCCUCCCUUCCUCCCUUCCUCCCUUCCUCUCUUCCUCCCUCCUUCCCUCCCUCCCUCUCAGGAGAAAAUUCCAUGGAGGUAAAUCUCCAAUUUUUAACAAUCAUUUAGAAAUGUUUUCAUUCCUUCUCCCUUCUUGUAAGGAAUUCUACCCCAGUAGUUGCCACACAUACUGCAGGUCAAUCCCAGAUGAGAGACUUUAUGAAAAGAGAAACAAAGAAGCUGCACACACUGAAAUAUGUUUAAGGCAGAUUUCAAGAUUUGGUGAGAAAAACACGCCAUACUCAGAAAGGUCUAAUAAACUUGCACUUCUCCAAAGUGCUUUGUAAAUUGAUCUGUCUGUUUUCUUGGACUGGUACUUCUCUCCCAAACAUAAUAGAAAAUAAAAAAUGCUGCAAAGCAGAAAGAGAUUAUACCAUUGCCCAGCCAGUUUCCUCCACAGUCCCAUGAGCCAUUGUCUAGGCAGUUUAUCAGGAAUUUUAAAAAUUAGCGGGUUAAUUCAUUAGCAGAAACCUUGGUAUUUGUUUCCAAUUUUUAUGUCCUUCUCAUAGCCACAUGCUCUACAAUGAAGGAAGUUGUUUUGGCUUCUUGGGAAGGAGAGCUGUUUUUCCAUUCCCUCCUGACCUGCCAUUUACCUUGGCCAAAUGCAGAUAUGUUUGUUGAAAUACUCCAGCUCUGUUGGAAAGAGACAAGAUUCUGUACUUCAGAGUUUCAAAUAUUGCUCCUAAGAUAAAUCAAUUAAAGACUGCUGUUUUCCUACAUCUCCCAGUCCUUCCAGUGUUUUAAAUUUCAAUUAUAUAUUUUUUUUUAAAUACAAAAAAUGUUACAUUUGAGAAUCUGUCCUGUGGGUACAAAUUAGAUACGAGACAGGAAUAACACAAAAAUUGAUUUAUGUAUUGCAUAAAAGGGUUUAUGUAUUACAGCUGCAGAAACCCUGUGUCACCAUUGUGGAGGCAGGGCUUGUCUUCAGACAGUCUGAAUUUUGUGAGCCUUUUCUUUUCACAAGGUUUUGAACAGAACUUGAUUCUGCCGUGCACUGUCAUGCUGUACCAAGGAGUUGUGUGUAGGCACAUGCAUAGUGUUUACAUAUGUAUUUACACAUUGUCUGUGGAGAUAAUGUUAAACUGCUAUUUUUUGAUAAUGAGGUACAGAACUAGUAUUUUGUGUGCCCAGAGAGCCUCACAAACCCUGGUGAGUGGAGCCUUGAAGAGCCACACUGAAGUGGGACUGCUACCUUUGUUUUGAAUGUUGGCUUAUUUGGGUGAAAUAAGCCCGUUUUGAGCAUCUACCACAUUAAAUUACAUUCUUUAUGCUUUUUAUUGAUGUCACAGACUUCUGUCACCAAAAGAAGUGAAUGAGAAACGUCUGUUUAAGCACAAGCUGUAUUGCUUCCUUGCCCAGAUUUCAUCCCUCUCUUCCUUCAGCAACAGCAGUGAUGGUACAUACACAAGAUCAGAUUAUCCAAGAAUUAUCAAGUGUCCCCCAGCCAGAGGAAUGACAAGCUGAGGACACUGAGAAAUGAGAUGUGACUGGGCUCACACCCUCUGUUCACACACUUGAAUCAAACACUGCAGCUGUUAGACAAAACUGGAUGAAGAGGGAUGCUGCAGUUGCAUGCCUGAUGUGGCCAGUCAACCUUAAAAUAUGGCCUGAGCAGCCAGGCAUGCUGAGACAGACCAUCCUUUUGACCUAGUAUUCCUGCAGGAAGGAAACAGAGGUGUCCAAUGGCAACAAGAAUUGAAAUCACUGAGAGGACCAAGAGUGUUAAAACAGCUCAGGAACAUAUCACAGAAAGGACAGAUUGGCAGGAGCGCAAGCAGGACACCAGAAUGGGCCAAGAAAUUGUCAUGAAAGUCACAUCUGCCACUCCUUAAUGGGAAAACAUCCCCAUCAAAUCUUUCUGUAUGGUUUGAGCAAUAAUGCAGGUUUUAUGGAAAUUUUUGAGUGAUAGCAAAUUAUUAUGUCCCAGCUUGAGUUUUGCUUCCUUCUUAUAGAUAAGUAUUGUAACUUAUCAUACUGAGCACACAUUCCCAUCAUCCUUCUUGUUUUACAUAAAAAUUAAAUACAAGUUCAUAUACCCUGGCAAGCACUGGGACUGUUGGAAGAAAAAGAGGGAAAGGCAGAGAAGGUACAAAGUCAUUGUGAUUUACAUUAAGUUCUGGAUUUCUUAAUGUCAUUUCUGACUAGUUUCAUUAAUUUAUUUGGAAAUGCCUUCAGCUGAUUAGAGCUUAUAAAUCUCAACUCUCAUUUCUUUUGUUGUCUAUGAUUAAUACUUGCAAAUGUUCCAAUAAAGGAAUCACUAAGUGGAGACAGAAA